AUGCAACAAACAUAUGAUUCUGCAUCAAUAGAAGAUGAGAUUAUGGAACUUGUUGAUUCAUUGAUGACGCAAGAUCCUUACAAUCUCGAUGUAAAACUGUCGCAACAUGAAUUAGAAUUAGUCGAAGAGUCAUAUAAGGAAACUAUUCCAAAACUUGAUUAUGGAACUUGCAUGAAGUGUGCACAGUUGAGAAGUCAUUAUCAAUGGUGCCAGCGAUGU